ACGGUGGAGAAACGGGCGGAGAAACGGGCGGAGAAAUGGGCGGAGGAGCAUCAACUUCAGGGGCAGGGUUCACAUUUUCCGGUGGCGCUUCACUCCCGAUGGACAUAGAUUCUGGUUUAUUCAAAGGAUCCUCAGAAAUGGGCUCAGAUGAGAAAAUUUUUG